AGGCCGAUGGCGGCGGCGGCGGCAGCAGCAGCAGCCCCGGCCCCGCGCUGAUUGCCCGCCCGUCCGGACGCCAGCCCGCCCGUACUGAGCGCCAUGUUACCGAGCCAGGCUGGGGCCGCGGCGGCGCUGGGCCGGGGCUCGGCCCUGGGGGGCGGCCUGGUCCGGCCCCCGACGGGGCGGCCGGGCGGCGGGACUCGCGGGGCUAACGGGGGCCGCGGCCCCGGGAACGGCGCGGGGCUGGGGCCCGGCCGCCUGGAGCGGGAGGCGGCAGCGGCUGCAGCGGCGGCGGCGGCGGCGGCAGCGGCCACGGGGACCCUGUACAGCGGCAGCGAGGGCGACUCCGAGUCCGGCGACGAGGAGGAGCUGGCUGCCGAGCGGCGUGGCCUCAAGCGCGGCCUGAGCGACAUGGAACUCGGCGUGGUGGUCGGAGGGUCCGAGGCGGCGGCGGCGGCCGUAGCGGCGGCGGCGGCCGGGGGCUACGGCCCCGUUAGCGGCGCCGUGAGCGGGGCCAAGCCGGGCAAGAAGACCCGCGGCCGCGUGAAGAUCAAGAUGGAGUUCAUCGACAACAAGCUGCGGCGCUACACGACCUUCAGCAAGAGGAAGACGGGAAUCAUGAAGAAGGCCUAUGAGCUGUCUACACUGACAGGAACACAGGUAUUGCUACUUGUGGCCAGUGAAACAGGACAUGUAUACACCUUUGCCACUCGAAAACUACAGCCCAUGAUCACCAGCGAGACUGGCAAGGCACUGAUCCAGACUUGCCUCAACUCGCCAGACUCACCACCACGCUCAGACCCCACCACAGACCAGCGAAUGAGUGCCACGGGCUUUGAAGAGACAGACCUCACCUACCAGGUGUCUGAGUCUGACAGCAGUGGUGAGACCAAGGAUACGCUGAAGCCAGUGUUUACAGUCACCAAUCUGCCGGGUACAACUUCUACCAUCCAGACGGCACCCAGCACCUCUACCACGAUGCAGGUCAGCAGCGGCCCCUCCUUCCCAAUCACCAACUACCUGGCGCCUGUCUCUGCUAGCGUCAGCCCCAGUGCCGUCAGCAGUGCCAAUGGGACUGUGCUGAAGAGUACAGGCGGUGGCCCUGUCUCCUCCGGAGGCCUCAUGCAGCUGCCCACCAGCUUCACCCUCAUGCCUGGUGGGGCAGUGGCCCAGCAGGUUCCAGUCCAGGCCAUUCAAGUUCACCAGGCCCCUCAACAGACGUCUCCCUCUAGUGAUAGCAGCACAGACCUCACACAAACCUCCUCCAGUGGGACAGUGACACUGCCCGCCACCAUUAUGACUUCAUCAGUGCCCACUACAGUGGGUGGUCACAUGAUGUACCCCAGCUCCCACGCAGUGAUGUACGCCCCCACCCCAGGGCUGGCCGACGGCAGCCUCACCGUGCUCAACGCCUUCUCCCAGGCACCUUCCGCCAUGCAGGUUUCCCACGGACAGGUCCAGGAGCAAGGUGGAGUCCCCCAGGUGUUCCUGACUGCACCCUCAGGAACUGUGCAAAUCCCAGUGUCUGCCGUCCAGCUUCAUCAGAUGGCAGUGAUCGGGCAGCAGGCGGGCGGCAGCAGCAAUUUGACAGAGCUACAGGUGGUGAACCUGGAUGCAACGACGCACAGCACCAAGAGUGAAUGAGUUGCCCUGCCAACCCUGGACUGAUGGAUGGACGGCCUCACUUAUUUAUUGUUGCCUUUUCACGUUUUCUUUACACACACGUUGACAGGCCGCAGGAGGGGGGCAGGGAGGAGAGAGGGGCGACACAGGAGUUCGCCCUCUCACUCCAGCCAAAGAAAUGGACUUGCCUGCCCUCCACCCUUUUCUCCCUCUCUCCCAUCCUGGUUCCACCUCUCAUUUCUGUUUACCAUGGGGCUGCCUUGCUUCCCCCCUCCCCAGCUUGGCUCGAUGUUUGCCACGAGUAUUAGCUAUGCCCGAUGGGACCGUGCCCCCUCCUUCCCUCUGUGGGACCUGUGGUCACUAGGGUACUGCAUCCUUCUCCUAAGGAAGCAGCUUGGAGGGUCUGCCCUCAGCCUCCUUGCUGUUCAUGGGUUAGCACUGUGUCUACCAUAGGCUGGGUGAGAGACCACCUUCCCUCAGAGCCAACUGUGUUGCUGGGGAACCAUGUUCCCGCCCCCUCUAUCCCAUUAGCUCCCUAGCAGUUGGGCCUAUGCACGGGGCAAAUGUCCAUGGCCAGUGGGCACACUGCCCCCUGUCCCUUGCCACUGGUGCCACAGUGGUUCCUGGGAUGGAGGGAAUGGCCUGGAUCCCCUUUCAUCCCCACUUACCCCCCUGCUGCUUUACUUAAGGUUUAAUUUUGAACCUUUUAUUUGAGAGGAGACAAGUGAAAACAAAUCUAUAAAUAUAUAUUUUUAAAAUAUUUAACUUUUUUUUAUGGCGUUUUUCUCAUCCCACCACCACAUUUUACCCUCCUCCUCCUCCUCCUACCCUCUUCCCUGGGGAGACACUUCCCUCCCCAGUACUGGUUGGGCCAUAGGAGGUAGAGCCAUCCUGUGGGCUCUGAGAUCCCACCAUUGUGGAAGGGUAAAGGAUGUUCUGGGAUCUUAACAGAUCCUGUGUAUAAGUCAGGAAGAAGUGAGGAAAGGGCCCCACGGUCUGUGCCUCAAAAGAGUGGGGAGGGUUGCUACCAGCUCUGGGCCGAGUCUGGCCUUUAGUGUUUAGUGAGACUGUUUCUAGGGAGCAGAGAAGGAAGUCCAGCUAUAGGAUUAGGGUUUGUGGGGACCUGGUCCAACCCCACUCUGGCAGAGGCCCUGGAUUUUGUUUGUGCCAUGUGCAUGGGAGGUGCAGCCACGCAUUCCAUCAGGCCCCCAGCUGCCUGGGUCAAGUUGCAGUGAGCAGUGGUGGGGAUUGGGGAUGGGGUGGUGGGGAUUGGGACUGACUAGUAGAGUUGGGAGCAGCUCCAGAGAUCGAUGCAGUACCGGGGAGCCAGAGAAGGGCAGCUCUCCCAGGGAGUGAGCAGCUACUGUAACUUUUUAAAAUUAAGACAAAAAGCCUUGAAGAAAAUGACUUUAUUUUUCUAAGUGUAACCUCAGUAUUUAUGUAUUUCUUACAGGGGCCGUGCCCCACCCCCCCACCCUCCCCCUGUUAGGCGGAUGCGCAGGGUAGGCCAGCAUUAGCAGAGGGUUUUGCACCCAGUGAACCUGCUCUCCUCCAUUACCUGUAUUCUGAGCAUUUGAUUUUCCAGAAGAGGGGAAUUGCAGUUGGGUUGGGGGUUUUUGUUUAACCCUUUCUUGACUGCUUUUAAUUCAGUGAGAAAUAACCCUGCCUUGACAGCUUGGUGGUGGGAUGCAGAGUCUCUGCUCACAGCCCAGAUCUCAAGAGGAUUGAUUUGCCAACAAAACUAAAGAGCCCUGUAAUCUGCUUUCUCCCUGCUGUCUUUCCCGAAUCUGGGGUGCUGGAGUGGGAGCCACCAUCCUGGGAUUUCCUGCAAAACUUGGUUGGUGGGGCAGAUGGGUAACAUGGGAUGGGUUGCAAGGAUGGGUCACGGCUGGUGUCUGGGACUAGGAAUGCCUCUCAGAGUCAGGGAUUGGGGGAGUUAGGGACUCAGGUCUGUAAUGUGCCCAGCCUCUCUUCUCUGAAUUGCAGCCAUGUCCUCCUAGGACCCACCUUGCCUGUCCUUGGGAAGAGAGCUUUAUUCCCAUCAUCUCCCCAAAGAAGGCAAGAUCCAGUGAGAUCAGGUUAAGUGCUUAUAAUGUCUAUGUGAGCGCGGCCUUGUAAGAGCACGUGUGCUUCAGGGAUGAGAUGGCAUUUCUCGUGUGGUGACCCUUAGCGUUCCCCCUCCUCUGGCGGCUCUGGGUGUGUGAAUGUGUGGUUGUGUGGGUGUGUGGAUGUGUGGUGAGUGUGUGGGGCGUGUUUGAGUGUCAGUGGUUUCUACAUCCCUGGGAUGCUGACCCAGGAAUUCAUGGACAUGAUCACAGUCCUAUGUACAGAGCUUUCUUUUGUAUUAAAAAAAAAUACUCUUUCAAUAAAUGUAUCAUUUUGUGCACAGAA